CAGUGUUUCCCCUCCUGUUACUUGUCCAGCCGUCCUCCAGUAGAGAUGGUGUCCGGCCGGUUUCUGGUUGUGCUGGGGGUCUGUAGUCUGGUUCUGGUCCAGGCUCAAACCACAGAAAGUGACCUGCGAGACUUGGUGCUGCAGUUGCAAGCCAGACUGGAGAAGCUGGAGAAAGUGUGUGAAGACAGAGCUAGCGCUCAGGUGGCAUUCUCAGCCUCCCUCCACACCAGUCUGGACAGGAUCGACCUGGGCCCUUAUGACACCAACACCACGCUGCAGUUCAAGAGGGUGGUGACAAACAUCGGCAAUGCAUACGAUGAAGACACAGGCAUCUUCACAGCCCCUGUAAAAGGACUCUACUACCUCAGGUUUACUGGGAAUGUUGGAGACUCUGGGUACUUGAACGCAGCACUGCUUAAAAACGGCGUUAACAUGUUUGCAAUUUACAACAAGGGACACCACAGCAGUGGGUCCAACAGCAUGGCGCUGGUCCUGGAGCAAGGCGACCAGGUCUGGAUCACACUCUGGCCAGACAGUGUUGUCUUCGACCAGAGUCGACGCACAACCUUCAGCGGCUUCCUCAUCUAUCCCAUGUAGGUGGAGCCUGAGAAGGUGGAGGAGGCCAAACCUCUUCUUCACAAGACAAAAGUUAAAGUCUGGUGUCAUGGGAACAAAUCAAGGCCAAAUUAUGAAACCUGAACAGGUUUUUUGUUACCAUUAAGAUAAUAACGAUGAACUAAUAACCACUUUUUGAAAUUCUGAGUUGUUGUUUCCUCCGUUUCCUUCUUACCCAACUUUCUCUGAUGUUAAUCAUCUCAUAGAUAUUGUAGAAAGAAAGAAAUAUAAAUCAAACUCUCACAGAAUCGUCCACGAUGAUUGACAAGGUUGCUAAUUUUCCACCAGAUUUACACCACCAUUCAAAAGUUUGGGGUCACUUAGAAAUGUCCUUAUUUUUGAAAGAAAAACAUUUUUUUCAAUGAAGAUAACAUUAAAUGAAUCAGAAAUACAGUCUAGACAUUGUUAAUGUGGUAAAUGACUAUUCUAGCUGUAAACGACUGAUUUUUAAUGGAAUAUCUACAUAGAGGUACAGAGGAACAUUUCCAGCAACCAUCACUCCUGUGUUCUAAUGCUACAUUGUGUUAGCUAAUGGAGUUGAAAGGCUAAUUGAUGAUUAGAAAACCCUUGUGCAGUUAUGUUAGCACAUGAAUAAAAGUGUCAGUUUUCAUGGAAAACAUGAAAUUGUCUGGGUGACCCCAAACUUUUGAACAGUAGUGUAUAUCCACAUCUCAGCCUCUGAAACCCAAGGAGAUUUUGUUCCCCUGUUGCAUUUUCACUCCCUGUCAGCACAUUUCCAAUGUGAAAUAAAGUCCUCCACCUCUGUGGAAACAGCAGCACCAUG